AUGAAAGGUCUCCGUUAUGGGGAGAAGCAAAUCCUGGGGGCUUUCCCCUGGCAGCAGGUAUUAACCCUUGGUUUCCCUGCCCACAGCGAGGACCCGUGGCGGGCAGCGAAGAUGAUCAAGGGCUACAUGCAGCAGCACAACAUCCCCCAGAGGGAGGUGGUGGAUGUCACCGGCCUCAACCAGUCCCACCUGUCCCAGCACCUCAACAAGGGCACCCCCAUGAAGACCCAGAAGAGAGCUGCCCUGUACACGUGGUACGUGCGCAAGCAGCGGGAGAUCCUCCGCCAGUUCAACCAGGCAGUCCAGGGUUGUGGAAAUAUGACAGACAAAGGCAGUCAGGAUCAGCUGCUGUUUCUCUUUCCAGAGUUCAAUCAGCAGAACCAGGGGGCUGCCCAGCUCGACGACGCCUGCUCCGAAACGCCCAGCAAGAAGAUGCGGCGCAAUCGGUUCAAGUGGGGGCCGGCCUCCCAGCAAAUCUUGUACCAAGCCUACGAGCGCCAGAAGAACCCCAGCAAGGAGGAGAGGGAGACCCUGGUGGAGGAGUGCAACAGGGCAGAGUGUCUGCAGCGAGGAGUGUCCCCCUCCAAGGCGCACGGGCUGGGCUCCAACCUGGUGACGGAGGUGCGGGUGUACAACUGGUUUGCCAACCGGCGCAAGGAGGAGGCGUUCCGCCAGAAACUGGCCAUGGAUGCCUACAGCUCAGGCCAGCCCCCGCACAGCAUGAACCUGCUGCUGUCCCACGGCUCCCCCCACCACAACCAGCCCAGCGCCUCCCCGCCCAGCAAAAUGCCAGCCUGCUAUGGGCACAGGGGGCUCGGUGAUGGGGGCUCAGCAUCCCCACUGCCCCGCGUCCCCUCGGACACAGCCCGGGAAAUGCCCCAGCCUGGUGUGACACAGACCCAGCUGUGGAAAUGCCUCUGCCUGGUGUAA